UUAAUGACAAUAAUUGGUCAAGCUGACUGGGUCUCAAUGGAGUGUACUAUUUGUUCGAAAUGUCGUCUAAGCAAAGGUCAAUCAAAACCUUCUUUAAGGCUAGUAAUGCCCAAUGCGGAGAAAAUCUGGAUCCCAACAUGUCCUCCCAAAGUCCGCCAUCCAAGCGAAUCAAAGGCCAAUCUCAACUGCGACCACCGGCUUCUUCCACAUCAGAUCCCGUCAAACUUACGGAGCCCGUUGAAAUGGGACCAGAUAAUCUCAAAACUUGUCAGGCCUUGAGCGGUGCUCUCCAUCCAGACAUCGGUCCCACUUGGUUCCAUGCGCUCAAGCGUGAGUUCCAGACGGAAAAAUUCAAAGCCUUGAGCGACUUUUUGCUGAAAGAGCGCCAAACUAAGACUAUUUUCCCGCCUCACGACCAAGUGUGGGCGUGGACGCAACAUUUUGAGCUGAAGAGCACGAAGGUGGUCAUUUUGGGACAAGAUCCUUACCAUGGACCAAACCAAGCUAACGGGCUGUGCUUCUCGGUUAAGAAGGGGGUGAGCACGCCUCCUUCGUUGCUGAAUAUUUACAAAGAAUUGGAGGCGGAUAUUGAAGGAUUUCGUCGACCCUCUCAUGGAGAUUUGAGUGGGUGGGCCCGACAAGGCGUUCUGUUGUUAAAUGCUUGUCUGACGGUUCCACAGGCCCAAGCCAAUGCUCACAAAGACAAGGGCUGGGAAGCGAUUACGGAUGCCAUCAUUCAAAAAAUCAGUAAUCAUUGUGAGGGUGUGGUCUUCUUGCUGUGGGGUGCCUUUGCUCAAAAGAAAGCUGCCAAAGUUGACUGCACCAAGCACCAUCUCCUCAAAUCGGUCCACCCGUCGCCCUUGAGUGCUCACCGAGGUUUUCUAGGAUGUAAGCAUUUUUCCAAGUGUAACGAGCUCUUACAAAAAUCCGGACAGGUUCCAAUCGAUUGGGCCCAAUUGGAUUGACUUCCGACUUCAGACCAGUGCCAUGCCCUUUUAGCACGGUUCGAAGAGGAUUUGCUGUCCUGAAAUAUAACCUGUUUCAGUGAGAAAAUCUUAUCACGCGACUCGGUCACACCCAAGGAGCCAAGUUUGUUAUUUGAAGUUGGUAUGACAUACAUGUUAUAUAAGAUUGCUUGUACAACAUAAGAAGGGACUUUUUCCUGUUCUAAUUGCUUGAAAUAUUGUGCUUUGAGUCAAUGUAUCGACCAAAAGGGCAUUGAUUGUAAAGGCAUUCUGUCAUCUAACUGAGAUAUUGUGCAAAUAAUUGGCGAGAAAUGGUU